AGUGAAUCUUAAUCUUCUGGAUUUCCCCUUUCAGAACAGUCUUUAGUUUCCUUCCUGUGGCAGAAACAGGAGUUUCCCUGCAGGUCAUAUUUCAGGAUGUUUGUAUUCAUACUUGGACUAUAAGAAGGCAGUCACAAUGCAGGGCAUGGACACACUGUGUUUUGCUGCAGAAGGGAAUACAGGGAAUCUGGAAACACUUGAAGUUUUUUUUCUCUAAAACCUACACCUUAAGGACAUUUUGCCUGCAACCGUGUGUGCAGUGAAAUGCUUGUCAGCAGCAAGCAGAACAAAAGGAAUUAGCUUCAAAGUUUUUGCUCUCUUUGCUACCUGGGUGGAAGAAACAAUCAAGAUGGCUUCUACCAGCAAAAUAAAUUCUGCAGUGGCAACUCAAAAUGCGUUUUGCCCUGAAGGUGGAGUCUGCAAGCAUGGAUUCCUCAUCAAAUCACCACCUCUUCAACUUCUUAGCUCACAGAAUUCCUGGAAAAGACGUUUUUUCACCCUGUUCAAAUCCAGCAAGGGCAAUUACUUCCUGAAGUAUCUAAAAGGCCAGAACAUAAAAGGCUCCAUAGCUGUUGAUGAAAUCAUAAAUAUUGAAGUUGGCAUAAGCAGGUCUGAAAUUAUGGAAAUGGUGAGGAAGAUGUUUAAAUGCCUUCCUGAACAGGUGAUGUCCAUCAGCACUGGCAAAAGAUGUUACUACCUCAUUGGGAGCAGCAGGGAGGAAACAGAGGACUGGGUCACUGUGAUAUCUUCAGUCUCGAGGGAGGCCAAAAGAGGUGGAUGCUGCCCUCAGAACCAAGAGCUUCCCUGCCCAGCAAUCAGAAGCCGACCCUCCUCUUUGCCACUACCCUGGAAUCCUGUAGAUCCGAUGAGUUUCCCAGAAAGGCAAUGCUACCAGAAGGAGAAUGGUUCUUCUGAAGACAGGAACAGGCCUAAUUCAGACCCUGGUCCUCAUCAGGAUCACUGUGACUCACCAAGACGAUUUUUUCCAAGCCUGGGUAAAAACCUGGGAAAGAGCGAGGAGAAUCUGCUGUUGUCAGAUACAGAUGAAGACAUCACGAAAGAAGAAGAAGAUUAUUACCAAACUCCCAGCAAUAUUUUAGCAAAGUACCCUAGGGAAGUAUCAAAGCCUGUCUCUACAGCUGGGUCUGAUGUCCACCUGGUAGAGGAGCCAGUGCAGGACAACCCCAUAAAGGAAGACAUUUAUAUGCCAAUGAAAUCACUUAGGUUGAUUGACGAGAGCUGCCAGCUCAUGUGCAGAUAUGAUGGGCUCCCAUCUCCUCCCAAAUGCCAGGACAACAGUGUUUGUCCAAAAGACUUGGAAGCAAACAGAGACCUAAAAUUCCCAGAAAACAGCAGCAGCCAGCAGCCAGCUCUCCAGAGGAGGCAAAAUUCAUUACCACUUUCCGUGGUUCAGUUGUCUAUACUGCUCAGUCAAGUUACAGAUGAGUCCCAGCUGCAGAAGUUGGAUAUUUUCAUCCCCCAGGCUGAUAUUAACAGUUACCUAAAACUUACUGAAGCAGCAGGACACAUAUGUGUCUCACAGUGGACGGGUCCUCACCGACUGGGAUGUUUGUUUAACCAUGGAGACCAUAUAGUGGCUGUGAAUGAUCUGCAACCCCAGGACAUAGAGGAGGCUUACUUAUUCAUCAGCAGGUCCACAAGAAAGGAGGUGAAACUUACUGUAUGUAGGAUUCCACAUUCUGAUAUCUUCCAUGUUAAAGGCUGUUCAAGUUCCUGAAAAAAAGACAUCAAUGAUUAAGACAGUGUCAAAACUCAAGGAAAAAGAUCAAGGAGAAGAAUGUGAUACACAGUGUAUAGAAAGAUCCUUUAUCCUUUAGAGCUGUCAAACAUCUUCAGUUGCUGAAAUACAAAGAAUAGAGAACAUGGAUUUUAUUUUUGUUUCACCUCCUAAUAACUUGUUUUGUUGACAUGAAUGGCAUGUGUUUGGUUUGUAUGUCAUGUUGGCAUGUACUUCAGCUACAUGAAAAAAAAAAAGGGUCAAAUUAUUUAUGAAA